CCGAGCAUGUGAGCUGGUGCGAGUGAAUGCGGGGCGGGAGGAGACAGCAGGGGGGGUGGCGCAGCAGGUGUUGCGAGAUCAGGGCGUGGCGCUGGCAGCAGGGGGGACUGCAUCGCUUGUGUUUAACGGGGUGGAGCUGGAUGAACGCUCCACCCUGGAUCAGUGCGGCAUUCGAUCCGCUUCAGGGCGAGAGAGCUGGGUGCCUCGAUUUCUAUUCCCCAACGCGUGGCACAUGCAGUCCGUGCCCAGGAAACCGCCAGUGAAGGCAUGGAGCAUCACAUCACGUGUGGGGGUGGUGGCAAGGCAUGGAGCAUCACAUCACCACAGCAGCUGCCUUCCUCCCAGCGCUCUUCCUUCUCAGUCUCUCCGUGCUUCCUUCCAUCCCAUUGCUUCCUUCCAUCCCAUUGCUUCCUUCCAUCCCAUUGCUUCCUUCCAUCCCAUUGCUUCCUUCCAUCCCAUUGCUUCCUUCCAUCCCAUUGCUUCCUUCCAUCCCAUUGCUUCCUUCCAUCCCAUUGCUUCACCUCCAUCCCCAUUUCCCCACCUCCAUCCCCAUUUCCCCACCUCCAUCCCCAUUUCCCCACCUCCAUCCCCAUUUCCCCACCUCCAUCCCCAUUUCCCCACCUCCAUCCCCAUUUCCCCACCUCCAUCCCCAUUUCCCCACCUCCAUCCCCAUUUCCCCACCUCCAUCCCCAUUUCCCCACCUCCAUCCCCCCACCUCCAUCCCCAUUUCCCCACCUCCAUCCCCAUUUCCCCACCUCCAUCCCCAUUUCCCCACCUCCAUCCCCCCACCUCCAUCCCCAUUUCCCCACCUCCAUCCCCAUUUCCCCACCUCCAUCCCCAUUUCCCCACCUCCAUCCCCAUUUCCCCACCUCCAUCCCCAUUUCCCCACCUCCAUCCCCCCACCUCCAUCCCCAUUUCCCCACCUCCAUCCCCAUUUCCCCACCUCCAUCCCCAUUUCCCCACCUCCAUCCCCAUUUCCCCACCUCCAUCCCCCCACCUCCAUCCCCAUUUCCCCACCUCCAUCCCCAUUUCCCCACCUCCAUCCCCAUUAUCUCACACUCGCCUGACAGGUGACAGGCCCCGCAUGGCCAGUGGCAAGGCACAGAACACCACCGCAGCCACUGCCUUCCAGCCUCUCUCUGCUCCAUUGCCUCACCCACACCCCUCCUUCCAUCUCCAUUGCCUCACCCACACUCCUCCCAUCUCCAUUGCCUCACCCACACUCCUCCUUCCAUCUCCAUUGCCUCACCCACACUCCUCCUUCCAUCUCCAUUGCCUCACCCACACUCCUCCCAUCUCCAUUGCCUCACCCACACUCCCUCUGACAGGUAACAUACCCCACAUGGAAAGUGGCAAGGCACGAAGCAUCACCGCAGCCACUGCUGUCCUCAGUGCUCUCGCUCCUCCCACUCCCUCCCUGCUUCCUUCCAUCCUCAUUGCUUCACUCACACUCCUGUCGGCAGGUAACAGACCCCACGUGGCCAGUGGCAAGGCACGGAGCACCGCCGCAGCCACUGCCGUCCUCUGUGCUCUCGCUCCUCACUCUGCCGUUCGACUCUGUCCCUGUCUGGGCGCUAUUCCUCUGCCUCUUUGUUGCUGGCCUCUUCGCCCCGCAAUGAUUUUAGGCAUGUAG